AUGCCUGGGCGCCACCUGUGCUUCUAUUUACCCCUGUUUCUCGACAUCGUCGCCUCCGCAGGGACAACGUUGACACCAAGCCUGGAGUUGUUCGGUGCCAUCGGAUCGUCCGUUGUGCUGCCAGGUCCCGGCGAGAAAGAAAUUCAAAAUGUGCGACACCUCCGGUGGGCAUUUGGCAAUAUCCGAAUUAUAGAUUACUUUUACCGCUCAUUGCAAAACGCCACAUUCACCAACUCCUAUAAGGAUCGAUGCGAGUUCAACUCUUCCAACGGAUCUGUGAUGCUGAAAGAUUUAACAGCCCAAGACCAAGGUCUCUAUCAAGUUGACGUUGAUUUAAACGCCAACAACAGCAGAGUCAUCAAACUGAAUGUUAUGGAACGACUGUCGUCUCCUUCAAUCACCACUGGUAUUGCCAUGGUGGAUCAGGACAUUAAUCUGACAUGCCAAGUGGCUGGAGGGAAGGCGAGCUCGGUCCGAUGGACGAAAGACGGCCGAAUGACAACAAACAGCGACGACACGUAUCGCUUGUUGCAAAACAACCUCACCUUGCAGAUCCGGAAUGCCCAAAAAUCACAUUGUGGAGUCUUCACUUGCAUCCUGGAAAAUCGUGUCAGUGAAGUGAACCAUUCUUACCACCUCUUCAUUCAUGGUAUUCCGUCUCUACAUAGCACAACCCUGAGCCUCUCCAUUGUGGCUCUGAUUUUUGGCUGCACAGUCUUCAUCGGCAUUAUCGUUUCUUGUUUACUGGGAGGCAGUACUGCAAUAAGUCUACCGUCUCAUCAAAAAUUACUGCUGUUCUUGCAGUUGGCAUCGAUGGUGUCUCUUGUCGUACUCAUGGCAGCAAUUUGUUUCUGGGGGGAAACUUCAGAAUAUUCUGGAAUCAUAGUGGCUACAUUGGUGAUUUUAAGUCUCCUCCUAAUACUGAUCUUGGUUGCGAUGUGCAGCAUGAAGACAUAUGGCUGGGAGUGGUUUAAUAACAUCCUGUCAACCCAUUUCUGCAGAAUUAUGGUGGAUGCAGUAACUCCAGUGGGCGGACUGAUAGUUAUUUUCAAAUCUGGAAUUCUGAUUGCAGAGAUAUUGAAACAAGCUGGAAAAGGCUGUGAAUCCCCAGACAAUCUUCUAUCAAGUAUUCUCCCUGCCGUCAUUGUGCCAUCAGUUGUCUUUGUUAUGUUCUUUGCAAGUUACGCCAUAUUGUAUACGAAACACAAGCAGCAAAUGAAAACAAAGCAAGAGGUACGAAAUGAACAGCAAGACUGCGCCAUACCACUGAAUGAAAUGCCAGAUCAAGACGUGGGAAUCUCAAGUAAUGUCGCAAAUGGGGAGGAAAUGCCUAGAGUGCAGGCAUCCUGUUUACAAGAUGGGAUACUUAGAAUGGAGUCAACGCAAACUUGUCCAAAAGCAUUAACCCCGUGAUGUCCGAGCAUUUACCCCGUCAGACAGGGGAAACAUUGCAACCAUUCACAAAAUAACCAUGAGGGAGCUAUUUGCUGUAAAAUGUGCUGUAAAAGUAUUGUUGGUGCUGUCUGUAUUGGGCUUGCAAGCAAUUGAUGGGAUGAGUGUCUUGCAGAGAAUUGAUGAAGUUAAUCUAGUCCGGGACACAACGCCAGAGGCCCGGGUUCGAUCCCGACUACGGGUGCUGCCUGUGCAGAGUCCAUCGAUCGCCCCAUACACUCACACUAUACCUACACACUUGUGCGUUCUCCCCGUGGUU